ACUCUCCUAGGGCCCGAAAUACAAGAUUUCUGCGAUCAGUUUCCAGUCAUCCGUAAGUUUGAAGUUAGAUUAAGUUCUGAGGCGGUUGAUGUCAGAAGAAGAACGGGCGGGAGACGAACUCGUUCAGUUUGUGGGAACAUUGCAUCACCCACACUUUGCCAACAGUACUUUGAUGAUGGAUUGUGUUCCAAUCCAUCAAUCCGUGGAAUGUGUCGAAAGACUUGUGGUCUAUGUUCAGUCUGUGGGAACAUUGCAUCACACACGCUUUGCCAACGGUACUUUGAUGAUGGAUUGUGUUCCAAUCCAUCAGUCCGUGGAAUGUGUCGAAAGACUUGUGGUCUAUGUCCAGCUGUAUCUGUUCAUGGUGAAUAUUCACAAUGGAGCCCCUGGUCUUCUUGCACGCGGACAUGCGCAGGUGGGACUCAGCAACGUUCCCGUUCAUGAAGGGGAAGAGGAAACUGUCGCAGACGGGGACCAUAUACACAAUCAAGGAAAUGCAACACACAAAGUUGCCCAGUGUGUGCGAACAUUGCAGCUGAAGAGUUAUGCCAAAAGCACUUUGAUGAUGGAUUGUGUUCGAAUCCAUCAAUCCGUGGGAUGUGUCAAGCGAGGUGUGGAUUAUGUCCAGCUUGCAAGAAUGCAUUGACAGAUUCAUGGUGCCAAAAGUAUUUCAACGAUCGAUCAUGUUCUGAAUCUUGGGUCAAGAGAGCGUGUCGGAAGACUUGUCUCUCGUGUUGAGCUAAAUAUUCCAUACUUUUCAUGUAAUAACCUUAGUUAUCCAAUCCUUGGAAAAAAUCAAGUAAUUCCUACAUUAUAAUAAGUAAUUAGCUAAUUCUUAAUGCCUUAAUUGUCCCUCUCUUAUCAAAAACCCAAGGAAAUCUACGAUGUGGAAAAAAAGAAAAGAAAUGCGAAUUUCAAGGAAAAAUCUAAUAGAAGUUUCUUCCGGAAAUAAGUCAGCUGUGAACAGACGCAUGUUUGGUUACAAAAUCUGUUGAAAAAGAAGACUGGUUAUAAAAGAUAUGUUUUCGUUUUCUUUAAAGCAUGGGACAAAGGAAAAGUUCAGAGUUCUCAUGAGGAAUCCAACUUCCGUCCUUCAGAUAUUGUGCUAGAAUAAUCUAACACUGAGCAACAGAAAACUCAGUGGUGAUUGGGUAAUUACAGGGCUCAUUUGAGACACACGAGUCGCAUACGAACUUCUCAUGGGGACUCAGAACCUAGUUUCUUUGUCUCACGCGGGCGGAAAGACGAAAUGGUCUGCUUUAUCUAUCCAUUCCUGAGAUAAAGCUUGAGUCCAUUUUUUUUUUUUUUUAAGAACCGAUUUGUUUCCGAAAGUCAUUUUAAAGAAAAUAAAUGACCGUACAGCUGAUGCGAACCACUUAAUGUUUCUCUCUUUACAAUGAAUUCAAGCCAUGUUGGCCAUGGCUCCAACUUGGAUGGGAGACCGUAAGAUUUUCCUUGCGGUAACCUGGUUUUUUUUUUUAAUCUUGAUAAAUUCCAGUUUAAACACAGUUAUGUUCAUUAAAGAAGUAACAUUCAACUGGUUCUUGAGU